CUAAAGCACUGAACAUGACGUUAUUGAGGUAAACAACGCUUUGGAAACGCCAAAUAUUUACGAUGGUAGAGACAAAAUGAAGUACAAACUAUCAGAGAAAUGAUUUUCUUUUUCAAACAUGGCUGGAUGGAUUCUGUUAUUCACUUAUAAGCGUCUUUUUUACGUUAAACUACACGAAGACGAAAGAUUAAAACAACAGGUACAUAAGGUUGUUUAUAUUAUAUAUAUGCUAUCAUUAUCUCAAACGUUAAAAUAGCUAGGGGUAAAAAGUACUUUUCUAUCGAUACAAUCACAAAUGAUUAGUAGUAGUCCGUUCUCAAUAUUAUAUGAAGGUAUAAUUUAUAACCCUUUCUUUACUUCAGGCUCCCUGCUUUUAUAAACAGGUUUAAACACUUGCUGAAAGUUGCUUAAUUAGUUCUAAUUUGACCACACAUAUUAAAAGGAACACGCUUACAAUACCAUAGUCAAUAUCCAUAUAACCAUAUUAUAGCACUGCCUUUUAUAUACUACGGAACAAAACUCAAAAGCCACAAAACGUUUAAACGAAUCUUUAAUUUCUAUAUAGUUAUAUUUGUUUAAAAUUAAAAUAUUAGUUAAGUAGUAAUGUAACUGCGUCCAUCGUUGACUGCAGAAUACAAUAAAAACCAUGUUUAUACUGCGAACCUUGGGCUUGGCUUGGCCUUGUUUGCCUUGGCUUUGGCGUAUAUUUUUGUGUUGUCAUGUAAACAACCUUUGGCCUAGUCUAUGCCUCACCUAUAGGUUAGAAAACCUGGGCCCAUUGCAAUCGUUGAUCUAGGGCUAGCAUAAGCCAACCUUGUGGCGAUGUCAAAACAAUGAAAACGUAUCAAUCAUCAUAAAAUUACCUUGCCAGUGGCUUAAAACCGUUGUUAAUUUCAUGACAGCUACCAAUUUAAGAGAGAAAUAAAUUUCUGUAGACGUUUCAGCAAAGGCCCCUUCGGUAAAGGCCUUUAUCUGCACGGCAAUCAUUUUAUGUUAUCUUCCCCUUUAAUUUUAGUGAAGCACAUCCUCUCAAGAAAAUGUUUGAAGGGGCAAAAGUUAUUGGUAUCAUAUUCCUGUUUCUGGCUCUGUCGUUAGAUGGUAAGAUUAAGGGACAUUAUGGUUGUGUGGUGAACUUACAAACUUUAAACAUGCAGUCAAGGUUAUGUUGAAACUGAAAGGUUGUGCUUUUCUCGUGAAUAUUCGUUCUCGUGUUUUCAAUAGAUAAAGACAAUGCAACAUACAGUACAAAACCAAAGACAUACCGAAGACGCCAAACUGAACUACUGAACAGGAGAACAUACGGAUACAGUAUACGCAAAAACUUCAAAUGAUAAGGAAGUUAAGGACAAUCAGACAAUGCAUGUAGGAAUAUAAAUCAGAUACGUUAACUGUGACUACCUCAUCAUCUGAGAUAUCAAAAGUGCUACUAUACAUAGACAGACAGACAAAAAGCAGUGUGACAAACGAUUACGUUUCAAGUACUCAUAAGAGAUUUGGACAUGUCUUACAGCCAAACCAAGACCAUUGAGAGAGAAGAGUGGGAAGCAAUUUCACUUUACAAACAUUGGAGAUAUCAUUUCAAAAGGUACCUAUACAGCCCAAAACAUGUAUAAAGAUAUUACUGUAAAACGCCUUGGCCCUUAAUCAUACAAUUGUAUAAUAGGAUAACACUUAAGUGUUAAGUCUUUUGGUAAGUAAGCAAGUUGGUACCGUGGCGAGGGGUUGAUAACCCUUACCUGCAGUUGAGAGCUAUGCUGGGAACUCGCAUCUUUAGCUGAUUGAAUCAAAGGUUUACUAGCUGGGCGCCUCUGGCUACCACCGUACGACUCGUGUCUAAUCACAGAGCUUUGCUACGUAUGAUGGAAGAGUUAAUUUGGGACUUUUCCAAACCCACACUGUCAACAUUCCUGUGGUAGAAAACUGGAGAACCUGAAGAAAACCCAAGACUUGUACAGCGUUGACUGAAAGACGGGACACCAGGCCAUUUGAUGACAUCAAAAUUGUCCGUUGAUUCAAGUACCUUUGUGACUCAGGUGAUAUAAAGGCCUUUCAUGCAGGUAUCACGUGAUUAUAUAAUUUUGCCUUCAUUGCGUAUAAACGACACAAUACUUUGGGUACUCCGUAAAACUGAAUCUUGAAAAUUGUAUCUCCGGUUUCCUCAAGCAGUUUUACUAUGGAUUAUUAAGAGAAGGGUAGCCUUCCUGGACCUCUAGGAAGAACAGCUAAAUAAAUAAAGUCUCUUCAAAAAAAUACAUUUCUGUGCUUUUAGAUAUGAUGCAAAUAGCGGAAAGCACAUCGCCAGAUAGCGACACGUUUAAUGCAGGUUAGUGCCAUUUUAUACAUUCUUUCCGGAUUGCCCCGCGGUAGAAACCUAGUCGCGAACGGUCGGGACAGCCGGUUAAUUCUAUUCAGAGUUAACGUUUAUAGGUGUGACAGGUCCAAUCUUGUUUAAUUUUCAUCUUUUACGUGUAGAACAAACCGACGACCCUUAUGACAACAAUAUCGAAGCAGAAACAACGGCGUACUCCAAAACCGUGCCUAUUGGUGAUAGUCCAGAUUUAGCGAGCCCUAGAGAUCAAGAAGAGAAGUUCGUCAACCUUCUCAAGAAACAGUACAAGGGAACAUUCCCAGAGUACGGUAAGGAAACCAAGUCAGACUUCAGCAAGAACAAAGAGUUAGAAGACAAUCUCAGUACUCAGCCGGAGACAGUAUAUUUUGGUCAUUCGGAUAAAUAUCAAGGGAAAAAUGACUAUAUCAAUGAUUACCCAAUACCAGAUGAGGCUGCAGGUGGUCAAGAUAACCUGGCCACAUUUGAUGAGGACGCAAAUAUAUUGAACAGUUUGAAAUCAUCCAGCACAACAAUAAGCCCUCAUGUCCACUCGAAUGCUUUCGACACAGAUAAUUUUGAAGAUGCUAUUACCAGGCGUCCGUCUCACAGAAGACAACACAAGACGCAAAGCAUUGAGGAUAUAUUGAGUGAAUAUGGGGAUAACACCGUUGAUGAUGGACAAUCGGGGAUUGAGAACCCCGUGACAACUGAGGAUUAUGAGGGGCAUAAAAGUGUUUCAGAAAACGACGAUGGGAACAUGAACGUGAAUGAUAAGCUUGGAAACGAAAAUGAACACCUGACUGAUCACGUGACUGAUCACGUUACUGAAAGUAUGAGUGACAAAGUGAUUGACAGUACGGACGAUCACGUGACAGAUAACGCGAAUGAUGAAAUGGAAGAUCGCAUGUCGGAACAUGUGACUGACCACGAGGCUAGUCACAUGACUGAUGACAUACACGAUCACGUGACUGACCACAUGUCUGAUAGCAUGGAUGAUCAUCCGAGCGAAGAAAAAAAAUUAAGGGAAAAAACUGAGGAAGAGGCGUUAUGGGAUUCGGAAGAGAAAUUACGGCAACAACUCGCUCGAAAAAAGAAACAAAAAAAUCUAACAAAAAAGAAAGAGAAAAAUCUAACAAAUAAGAAAGAGAAAAAUCUAACAAAAAAGAAACAGAAAAAUCUAACAAAAAAGAAAGAAAAGUUAAAAGAUGAUCUCUCCAGAGAAAUCCUCAAAGAUUUUGAUGAACUGAAGAAACAUAAUAAUAAAACAUCUGAGAAACCCAACCGCAAGAUUCAGGAAAAUGGAAAAAUAAACCAACACAAAUCAGAACCAAGUAGUCCAGACAAAGCGGAGAAACACAUCAAACAUGUUCACGCAGACGAAUCUCAGGUUUCCGGCGACGCCAUUUUGGAUUUCUUAGAUAAACUUUUGGAGAAGGAUCCAAAGGAACUAAAACACGAUGUUUUAGCAAUGACCAAAGAAAUGCAAAACGAAGGCAAGUACUAAUUGCCCCCACCUUAACCACGUAAAAUAGACCUAAAAGAUCUCAGUUUUAUAAAUAUAUAUAUAAUUUUAUAACCCAUCUAUAUUUAAGGAAAUCCCAGUUCUGAUUCAUCAGAAAAAUCUAACACAGCGCAAAAAGCAGCAUCAAACUCAGAUUCAUCCAGCAAAAUGGAGGACAAACCACAAGUGACAAGAGAGUCUCCUCAACCGAACAAGGCGCCUGACAAGGUGGACAAUUGGGUUUCACAAUUGGAAAACGAUAUGGAUGUUGAAAAACAAGACAAAGGGAACCAGAAAGAACAGAAAGAAACGAGCGAACAAAAUGAAGGAACGAAUGAAGAUUACUAUGAUGAAGAAUAUGACCAAUUCCAUGAUGGAGCACAAGGCAUCGAUGCUGAUCAUGAUGGCGGACAGAGUGUAGAACACGAAGAGAACGAUCAGAAAGAAAAAGAAGUAAAAAGUAAUAAAGACAUAAAGAAGAAACAAGAUGAUUUUGACUAUGGUAGGUUGUUUUAGUUUAAAAGUUCCUUCGUUUAGCUUUCACUCAGUAGAUCUUAAAAAGGCGCCAAUGUAAAUGAAAACAUUUCUUAGCUUAGUUUAGCAUUUACUUAAGAUAGGAUAACACCAAUGACAUCGUGGCCCUCUGUUAAGGCCGUUUUCCACUAGGCGGAAUUUUCCGCCAAAAGAAAUCCGCUCCGCGCGGACAAUUCCGUCUAGUGAUAAACGACCUCUAAGCAUUAUUACAAGCCCCAUAGCGAUGACAUUUUUUGCACAUCCAAAAAUGAUAAAACUUUUUCUAAAAACUAUUUAAACUUAAAGCUUUUCCAAUAUUAAUUUCAAAUCCUUGCCAUUCCAAUCUUUAACAAUCCUUAUUGCAAACCUCCCUCGUUCUGCAAUGCGGGACAUAUUAAUAUAUAUAUUUAUCUUUACGUUUUACUUUUCGAUGCAUUGACACGUUUAUGAAUUAGGCGCUUCUUCUAACAAAUAACUCAACUACAUGCGAAAAGCAUCCUUUGAAAAGAAGCUUUUAGGGCAUUGCCUUUCCAGCUCAACCUUCAGUUAUUAUCAAGGUGUAUACUAAGAUAUAUAAAAUUACGCUAAUGUGUUUGCAGAGGAAUUCAAAGAAGAAGCGCUAAAGAUGCACAAUGAAUACAGACGUCGUCACAACGCAGUGGCCUUAACUUGGUCCGACUCAUUGGCAAAGAAAGCUCACAACCUUGCAAGUAAACUACUUGACGCCACGAGGACCAACUUCAAACGAGAGUUGGAAAAGCAAGGCGAAAACAUCGCAAUCCUGUCAUACUCAACCAAAGACAUCGCCAAACAAGCCGUCGAGAAAUGGUAUACAGAAAUCACAAAAUUCAGUUUCACAAGUCCAAGCAUCAAGCCAGAGACGAGGGACUUUACACAGAUUAUUUGGAAAAACAGCAAAGAACUCGGAAUGGGUUUUGUACAUACACCAGAUAAAAAGAAAACUUUGGUCAUUGCAUUGUACAGUCCUACAGGAAAUGACGAACACAAGUUGCGAGAGAACUUGAAUACAGUUCAUGAUGAUCCAUAUGCGGACAUUAAAAGAUAUUUUUUGAGCAAACCUUGAUACUGAAUACACUGGGGGGAAAAUCCAUUCUAUGGAAAUGCUCAUUGUGUGACUAAAUCCAUAGUAUAUCCACACUAUUUCCAUACUACGAAAAUGGCAAUUAGUAUGGAAAUCCAAUUCCCAUACUAUUUCCAUACUAUUUCCAACUAAGUGUUCAAACUAUUUCCACAGUAAGCAUUUUGAAAAAAAUUCCAGUGAUAGACUUUAAAGACAUUCAGUGGAACAUAUUGUAAUGAGUCUCAUUGUUCCGAAGCAGAAAAUGAAAAUCGCAUCCCCUAUUGAUCUAUUAAUUUGUAUAUUUCAGUAUGCGUAAGCAAUAUUGACCGUAAAUUCUUGGUUUGCACAUGACGUCACGGCGGCCAUGUUGGAGGGACGCCAACAAAAGAAUAUCAUUGGCAAUCACUGGCAGCUAAUAUGUAUUUGGAGCGUGUUUUCAUCCAACAUGGCCGCAAUAUCUUUAUAAAUCUCAACGGAUUGAUUGCAAACCACCAAUUCAUCGGAAAUAUGACAUGAAAUUUGUGUUCUUAUGUACAGGGUGUCUAAAAAAGUGAGCCUUUAAUUAGAAAUCACCCUUUUGUUGUAAACACCCAACCUUCACUACCUCUGCAUGUUAAAACUUAGCCUGCGAGCAGGCUCUCAAGGUGAAAGGAGAGCCUGCACUGAUGGCAUACAAUUUUGAAUAUCUGCGUCUCGAAUCGGGACGCGAAAUUCUCAUUGGUCAGAUGCUAU